AUGGUUGAAGAUUCCAGAGUUAGAGACGCCCUCAAAGGUGGUGAUCAGAAGGCAUUACCGGCCUCUUUGGUUCCUCAAGCACCUCCAGUCUUGACAUCAAAGGACAAGAUUACUAAGAGAAUGAUUGUGGUGUUGGCCAUGGCAUCUCUGGAGACACACAAGAUAUCGUCCAAUGGGCCUGGUGGUGACAAAUAUGUUCUUUUGAACUGUGAUGACCAUCAAGGUUUAUUGAAAAAAAUGGGUAGAGACAUUAGUGAAGCAAGACCAGAUAUUACCCACCAAUGUCUUUUGACGUUGCUAGAUUCUCCAAUCAACAAAGCUGGGAAAUUGCAGGUCUACAUUCAAACAAGUCGAGGCAUUCUAAUUGAGGUUAACCCUACUGUUCGUAUACCAAGAACUUUCAAAAGAUUUUCAGGCUUAAUGGUUCAGUUACUACAUAAGCUUUCUAUCAGAUCCGUAAAUUCUGAAGAAAAGUUACUUAAAGUCAUUAAGAAUCCAAUUACCGAUCAUCUCCCUACUAAGUGCCGUAAAGUGACAUUAUCCUUUGACGCACCGGUUAUCCGUGUUCAAGAUCACAUCGAAGAACUAGACGAUGAUGAAAGUAUAUGUGUUUUUGUCGGUGCCAUGGCAAGGGGUAAAGAUAACUUUGCGGAUGAAUACGUCGACGAAAAAGUUGGCCUGUCCAAUUACCCAUUGUCUGCCUCAGUUGCAUGUUCUAAGUUUUGCCACGGCGCAGAAGAUGCUUGGAAUAUUUUAUAG